CACGGCUUUCCUUCUCAAGGAGGAGGGAAUGCACCCGACCGCAUUAUCUUGGCUGGCAGGUGCAUAACCCCAUGCUUAUCACAUUCCUCCGAUCCAAGUUACGAAAAAAAAAAAUCCCUUUUGCUCGCCUGUUCGAACCGAACCAAGCCAUGCGAUUUUCUCUCUCUUUCUCUCUUGAUGAUCCUUGCCUGGAGUUGUUUUUGCUCAGUUGCCAGCCCGUCGAGCAGGCUGCAGCACUUGUGUUGCCCGUAUCACCACGCACCGGGGCUAUCCCCACAUCCAUCCAGGAACCACCCACACUAAAACGACGCCGUCAGUCUAGGCCUUGUGGUGGUCCGAACCUUGACGGAAUUAUGCCCUUUGCAGAAGAGGCUGGCGUGCGAGGCGGGAAUUACGAUGCGCGCCGUACCACUGCUGAUCGGCAAUUGUCCCUGGCCACUCUCACCGGCCACUUUACGCUGUGCUACCUGUCCAGUGUGUGAGUAAAGUCAAGUCAAGUAUGUAUUCUUGAAUCCUCCGUGACAUGCCUGAAUUUUGAGGAUCCCACUUCAAGUUUAAGCAUCAAUCUUCCCCAUUCCUUAAACCGCGAUCAUUAUCUCCCCAUACGAGCCGACUUUGAUGGGUUAAUUUCCUUCCCAUUCCCCUGCGACAUCCCGGAAUGAUUGG